AAAUACAACAUAAGCGUGAGUGCCAAAGUGGGUAAUUCACUGCACGGCUCCGGCACAGAGACCCAUUUUCGGUUCCUACGGAAAUUCCCAUACGCUCCCUCGUUGGCCUGGUCGGACUUUCAACUGCAACCUGGAAGUACAGGCCCACACGCAUACAAUCCUAGACUUCCUAGUUCGGCAGCAUCGCACACACUAAUAAAACAUUUCGCCUGGAUGCCUCCCGAAGGAAGACAAUCUUUUUAACUUCCUCGCCGUCUUCUUCCUCCCUCACUAAACACAAUGACUCGACCACAUCAUCGAACCUGAGACUCUGACACGAUGGAGCCACGGUGGGACGGCGGCCAGGCUCAGCCCGAUUAUUCGGGUUUACAGGUCGUACAUCACGGACCCGAUGCGCCGCAGGCCGUCCUCUUGAAUUCCCUGCCAGAGGCUGUUCCCAUAGAGCUCAAACACCCUUCUUAUUACGCCCAGGCGCCACUGAUUCCAUAUGGCAAGGUCGCCGAUGCGCCCGAAUUGAGCGAGCUGCACGAAUUGAGCGACGUGAGCAAAGCCGACGAGGCCUUGGGAGCUCCUGCCCCACACAAACAGCCGUGGUGGAAGCGCAAGCGCUGGAUACUAAGCGCCAUCACUGUCACCGGGCUAAUCAUCGUUGGCGCCGUGGUGGGCGCCGUGGUCGCAACGCGGUCCGACAACAACUCCAACUCCUCAACCCCCUCUCCCGCAGACAGCGGCAACAACAACAGCAACAAUAACAGCCCCGUCUUCAACGGCACGACGCAGCGCAGCGCCUGCCGCGACCAAGUCUGCCCGCAGAUCCUCGCCUCCGCCUCCCUCGGCGCCUGGCCCCCCUCCUCCUCCGCGACCAUCCUCCUCUUCGCCCGCGGCGUCGACAACGCGAUAUGGUACACCUCAGCCGCCGCCUCGGCCCUCUCCCCCUCCUGGCCGACCUCCUCAGACUCCUCCUCCUCAACAACAACAAAAUGGCAAAGCCUCGCCUCCAUCGCCAUCAACGACACCACCAUCACCGCCGGCGGCAGCGGGCCUUACCUCAGCCAGCCGUCGGCACUGACCUGGGGCAACGGCACGCGCGCGUCGGUCUUUGCGCUCUCGGACCCGAGUCACAUGGUGCACACGCUCAAGUUUGUCCUCAGUGACGACGACGACGAGAAGACCCAUUACCGACCAGGGACCUGGGAAGUCCUCGGCGGCUUCCCAGCCUCCAGCCCAAUCUCGGCGUGCAACCUCAACGGGUCGCGGCCGGACCUGUGGUUCGCGGACGACACGGGCGUGGCGCACAAUUUCGGGGUGGGCGCCGGCUUCGAGGAGCACUGGGCUGUGGAGCGCAACGCGCCGUGGGGGAGGGAUAUACACUUCGACGGCCCCGGGCUCGCCCCGGGCGUGCCGCCGGGCGUGGUGUGUCGGCCGUAUCCGUUUUUCCACGACCUGGUGGUGUAUGGCGCCGACGACGGGGCGGUGCGGCACACACAGUACAGCAAGGAGACGGGCUGGACGCCGCCGAGUAACCGGGGCGGCAAGUUCGUCGGGGAGCCGGUGGUGGUGGAGGUGACGGGGGAUAGGUUGGACUUUUUCGGGAUUGGUGAGGACCGGCACAUGUACCACUUCACCUGGACCACGGGCGGGGGCUACACGCCGCUGGAGGAUGCGGGUGGCUCGUUCCAGAGCGUGCCGUCGGUGGCCGUCACGGGGUCCGGUUCGCGGGUGGAUGUGGUGGCGCUGGGGACCAACGAUCGUCUGCAGCAUCGGGUUCUCCAGGGGCUGAAGUGGGCUUCGGAGUGGGAGGACUUGGGUGUGUUUGGGAAUAGCGCGCCUCUGCUGGUGAAUAUCACGAACACGCAGCCCGAGAAGGUGGGCGUAUUUGUGGUUGGCGUCAACGGAGAGGUCAACCAGACCACGUGGUCAGCGUCGUCGGAACUUAGUUGGAAAGCUCUAGUUUGGAAAGGGAUGGGCGGGAAUAUGACAACAGAGUUCUAUAGAAGUUGAUACCUUAAUAGCCGUUCAGAUAACGUGAUUUAUAAGCGAGUGUUACAUAUAAGCGAGU